AUGGGCAUCCUGCUGGUCCUGGUUCUCCUGCAGUUACUGGCUGUACCAUCAUUCUCUGAUGUUUUCCAGUUGCUAUUCUGGUGUAGAGUACUGUGUGUACUAGUACACAGUGGUGUUUCAGUGCUUGAUGUGCUGGCUGCUGUUGUGUUCCAGCUAACAUCGCCCAGCAAUGACUACUGGGGGGAGUAUGGGGCUUAUGGGGCGUGCAGUCGCCCCUGUGGCACUGGAGUAGCCACGAGGAUCAGGCAAUGUAUCACUGCAAGGACAGAUGGAGGAAACAACUGCGUGGGAUCUUCAAAAUCGUACCGCAUCUGUAAUAUGCAGGCAUGUCCAGCGGGAUCCAGGGAUUUCCGUGAGGAGCAGUGUGCCCAGUUUAGUAGGAUGGACUUCCAGAGGAAACGCUACACCUGGCUGCCUUACCAUGGAGCGUCCAACCCAUGUGAGCUGAACUGCGUCCCCCAUGGCGAGAACUUCUUCUACAGACACAGGCCUUCCGUGGUGGAUGGCACACCCUGCUAUGUGGGCCGCAGUGACAUCUGUAUCAACGGCAUCUGCAGGGCUGUGAGAAAUGGAGAAAUCAUUGGCAUGGACCGCGAUGUGGCGCCUGCCACUCCCGCUCCCGCUGCCAACCUCCGCUACCGCGAGCCCCUCACGUAUGCCUACACAUACAGCGCCUGGUCCGAGUGCUCGGCCCCCUGCAACAGUGGCACCCAGCACCGCAGCGUGCAGUGCAUGGUGCAGGACUCGAUGGCACCCCAUGUGGUGGAUGACUCUUACUGCGUCUCCCAGCAACUACCCAGGCCGGAAAGCCAGCAGGCCUGCAACCAGCAGGGAUGUGCCGAGUACAGCGUGUCCAGCUUCAGUGUGUGUUCGGUGACCUGUGGGGACGGCCAGCAGACCAGAGAGGUGGUUUGCGUGGGGGCGGGAGGGGAGCGCUUUGGGGACCAAGCCUGCAGUGGUCUGACACGCCCACCUGCAGUCCAGGCCUGCCGCAAGCCAGCCUGCCACAUCCACAUCAGCUGGCACGUCCAUGACUUCGGACUGUGCUCUAGGAAUUGUGGUGGAGGGGUGCGGGAGAGGAGGGUAAUGUGUAUGGACAUAGACCAGAACCCAUAUGGGGAAGACAGGUGCGCCCCCCACCCUAAACCUGCUACCGUGGAGCACUGUAACACCCAGGCCUGCCAUGAAGCCCAAAGUGUACCAAGUGUCCAUGACCCAACAGGACAUGACAGCACUCUGAGAGGAUAUGUGCCUUAUGACUCUACAGCCACUAACACAGUGUACGACCCCCAUUCCACCACUGUGGUUGGUCCUCACUGCUCCCAGUCAUACUACGGCUGCUGCCCUGAUGGCCACACGUCCUCCGGUGGGCAUAGAGGAGAGGAAUGUCCUGCAGAUGACUGCGUACGCACCCGGUACGGCUGCUGUCUGGAUGGGGUGACACCUGCUCAGGGUCAUAGAAGGGCAGGAUGUCCUGAUAUUCACCCACUUGCGGACCACUCCGCUCCUGCUCAGUCUGGCCAUAUGUGUUCCCUGUCACAUGACGCUGGACCCUGUGCCAUUUGGACUUCCCGCUUCUACUACAACUCAGCCACUGGCAGUUGCACCCAGUUCUGGUUCGGCGGAUGCCAGGGCAAUGCCAACAACUUUGUCUCCAGGGACUAUUGCCAAAGUAAGUGUGGCGGUGCCGUCGUGACACCGAGAGUGGAAUCCCCACACGCACGGACCGUGAGGGUGAGGACAAGGGCAUACCGUGUCCGGUCUUAA